AUGGACUCUCUCAACCAACCGAUCGUCAUCGACCAAGGCUCAGGUACUCUCAAAGCCGGCUUCGCAGGCUCAGACCACCCAUCGACCUAUUUUCCCUCUUAUGUCGGACGACCGAAACAUACGAGGGUUAUGGCGGGCGCGGUGGAGGGAGAUACGUUUGUUGGAAGGAAGGCGCAGGAGUUGAGGGGUUUGUUGCGGAUCAACUAUCCGAUGGAGCACGGCAUCGUGACGGACUGGGAUGACAUGGAGCGGAUAUGGUCGCACGUCUACACCGAAGAACUGCGAACACUGUCAGAAGAGCACCCCGUCCUUCUCACCGAAGCGCCUCUCAACCCCAACUCGAACCGAGAACAAGCAGCUCAGAUCUUUUUCGAGACGUUCAACGUUCCGGCGAUGUACAUGUCGGUGCAGGCGAUCCUCGCGCUGUACGCCUCGGGACGAACGACGGGUAUUGUGCUCGAUUCGGGAGACGGUGUGACGCAUGCUGUGCCAGUCUUUGAGGGUUUUGCGAUUCAGCAUGCGAUCCGACGAGUCGAUGUUGCGGGACGAGACGUGACGGACCACCUGCAGUUGCUGCUGCGAAAAGCGGGCUACCAUCUGCACACCUCGGCAGAGAAGGAGGUCGUGCGGAUGAUCAAGGAGAAGACUUGCUACGUCGCGCUGUCGCCGGCGAAGGAGGAGAAGGAGGCGCAAGCAGGCGGCAAGAGCGAGGACUUCCGGUUACCAGACGGCAAUGUCAUCCGACUCGGUCCCGAACGGCAUCGCGCGCCAGAAGUGCUCUUCAACCCCGAGAUUGUCGGCCUCGAGUACGCGGGCGUACACCAGGUCGUCGUCGACUCUAUCAACCGCGCGGACCUCGACUUGCGGAAAAGCUUGUUCGGCAACGUCGUGCUUAGUGGUGGAGGAACGCUGGUCAAGGGAUUUGGUGACCGCCUGCUGCACGAGGUGAAGAAGCUCGCCCUGCGAGACACGAAGAUCCGGAUCAGCGCGCCGCCCGAACGCAAGUACAGCACCUGGAUCGGCGGAAGUAUCCUCGCAGGUCUUAGCACGUUCAAGCGGAUGUGGGUGUCGGCAGAGGAGUAUCAAGAAGAUCCCGACAUCAUCUUCAAGAAGUUCGCCUGA